AUGAAGUGGCGGUGGAGAUUUCGACAUCAACAUUCUCAGCUUUGGGCCGACGUGGUGAAUGCAAUUCAUGGGAGCAGUUCUAAUGAAGAUGGCAUCCCUCUGAAGAAGGAGAUUACAGGUAUUUGGAAGGAUCUUGUUUUGGCUCGAAAUGAUUUGUCGAAGGCUGGUGUAACUGAACCAGAGAAAUUGGGUUUGGUUAAUGUAAAUGGGCAGGUUUUAUUCUCAGUUGCAGCUUUCAGAGAGGCUAUAGCGGAGAGGAUAGGUGUGAAGGUCGAGGUGGGACGAUUCGAAUGGAUUGCCUGGGCGCCGCAAAAGGUUUAUUUUUUUGUGUGGAGGAUUUUAAAUGAAGGUAUUGCAGUUAAAACAAAUUUGGAUAGGAGGGGGGUAUUUGUAGAAGAUAAAAUGUGUGUUUUAUGUGGAUAUAGUAUUGAUUCAAUGGAACAUCUGAUGUUUUUAUGUCCUACUGCAUGUGCUGUAUGGUGGAACAUAUGGGUGUGGAUUAAAAUUCCUACAAAUGUGCAAAUUGUUUCAACUAUGGAUCUGCUAGAGUGGCUAUUUAAUUUAAACGGGUCAGCUAUUUGGAAAAAAGUAAUCCUAGUUAUUUCUUUCGCGACUUUGUGGAUUAUAUGGAAAACGAGAAACGAACGGAUUUUUGACGGAAAGCAAAGUCGGGUGGAAGUUAUGGUGGACAAGACUAAAGAGGAGUCGUUUCAAUGGAUAAAAUAUAGAUCCCCUUAUGUGAGCCUUGAUUGGGAGAGAUGGAGAGAUUUCAAUGUACGUGAUAUAAUUAUCUAA